AGGUUAGACGGUUCCAAAUGUAAACCCUAAGGUGCGCGUCGGAACUGAAACCGCUCCUUGCUCAUUUACCUGCUCCGGGAAGCUGCGGCACUUAUUUCUACCGGAAAACUCUUAGACGUUUCAUUUUCCAGCGUUGGCAACUUGGCAUAAAGAUUGAGUUCCUUUUCACCUUUACCCAGAAACAAUGGCAGGUGGACAAACUGAGAGGGAAGAUAAAAUCUCCUUAGAGCUCAGUGAAGAAAAUCUCCAAAGCAUGGAAAUAGGCAUGACCUUUCGCGAUUAUAAUGGAAGAAUUAGUUCUAUGGAUUUCCAUAAGACGGCAACUCAUCUUGUGACUGCAAGUGAUGAAGAAUCUAUUCGGCUCUAUGAUGUAGCCAAUGCAACGUGCUUGAAGACUAUCAACAGCAAAAAGUAUGGGGUUGACCUAGUUUGCUUUACUUCUCAACCCACAACAGUUAUAUACUCGUCAAAGAAUGGAUGGGAUGAAUCAUUGAGGCUUCUAUCUUUGCAUGAUAACAAGUACUUGCGGUACUUCAAAGGUCAUCAUGACAGGGUUGUCUCACUUAGCACUCGGAAUGAAAGCUUCAUAUCUGGUUCUCUCGACCGUACAGUUUUACUUUGGGAUCAAAGAUCUGAGAAGUGCCAGGGUCUUUUACGGGUGCAAGGUAGGCCUGCAACAACUUAUGACGAUCAAGGGCUUGUCUUUGCAAUUGCAUUUGGUGGAUAUGUCAGACUGUUUGAUACCCGCAAAUAUGAGAAGGGCCCUUUUGAAAUAUUUUCUGUUGGAGGAGACAUUUCGGACGCAAAUGUUGUCAAAUUUAGUAAUGAUGGGAGACUCAUGCUAUUGACUACUUCUGAGGGGAAUAUUCAUGUACUUGAUUCAUUUCGUGGAACACUUCUAUCAACAUUCAGUGUCAAGCCAGUUUUCAACGAUUCCACAUUGGAGGCAUCGUUCAGUCCAGAUGGAACAUUUGUUAUAUCAGGUUCUGGCGAUGGUUGUGUGUAUGCAUGGAGUGUUCGAAAUAGAAAAGAGGUAGCUUGUUGGAAAACUUGUGAUAAUUCACCCCCUGUCAUAAAAUGGGCUCCUGGAAAUCUCAUGUUUGUCACUGGUUCUUCUGAACUAUCGUUUUGGGUUCCUGACUUAUCUAAACUGGCAGCUUACGCAGGAAGAAUAUAGAAACAUUUCAUAACAAAAAUUAUUAUUAUUGCAGCUAAUCAUAUAAGGUAGGUUACUUUCUUAUGAUAUUAUUAUUAUUUAACUUUGUCUUUGAUGUAUGUAUUUUUUGUUUACAAAUACUAGUUCUUGUAAAUAGCUUCUUUUUUUCUGAUUGAAGUUGUUCAAUGCUAUUAGAGUUAUUUUGGAUUGAUUGAGUUGUUGUAUGUUAAUUCAUCAAAUGAUUU